AUGGAGGCGGAGAGCACGGCCAACGGCAGCAUUGCCAACAGAAGCUCCCCACUGAGUUUCGCCGGCACCGACCUGCUCCAGCGGUACAAGCCCUUCUUCAUCCUGCUGUACUGUGCGCUGGUGGCCGUGGCCUGCGUGGGCAACGCCUUCCUGAUCGGCUGCAUCGCGGCGGACAAGAAGCUCCACAAUGCCACCAACUUCUUCAUUGGCAACCUGUCGGCCGCCGACCUGCUGAUGUGCCUGAGCUGCGUGCCCCUCACCCUGUCCUACGCCUUCGAGCCGCGGGGCUGGCUCUUCGGGGGCUUCAUGUGCCACUUCGCCUCGCUGCUGCAGUCUGCCACCGUCUACGUGUCCGUGCUGUCGCUGACGGCCAUCGCCGUGGACCGCUACAUGGUGGUGGCGCACCCCAUCCGCCGGAGGAUCACCCUGGGAGCCUGCGGCGCCGUGGUGGGCGCCAUCUGGCUCCUGUCGGUAGGCCUGGCGGUGCCGGCCACCGCCAACGUCCGCUACCUGGAGCUCAGGCAGGCGGGCAGCGAUGUGAACAUCUGCGAGGAGUUCUGGCGGGGGAUGGAGAGGGAGAGGCUACUCUACUCAUGCGCGGUGAUGCUGGUUUCGUAUGUGGUGCCGCUGGGUGCUGUCACCAUGUCCUACUGGGCCAUCACCAUCCACCUGAGGCGGAGGAGCGCGCCCCAGGCCGGGUGGCAGAGCCAGGCCACGUGGAACCGGAGGAAGAGGAAGGUCUUCCAGCUGCUGGUGGUAUCAGUGGCCACCUUCGCUGGCUGCUGGCUGCCCCUCCAGAUCCUGAACCUGGUCCGUGACCUGGACGCAGACUUCGAGAUCCUGGACGUGCGCUACCUCAAUGUGGCGCAGGUCUCCUGCCACUGGGUAGCCAUGAGCUCCUCCUGCUACAACCCCUUCAUCUACGCCUCACUGCACCGCAAGUUCCGCCUCCGGCUAUGUGCCCGCUUGCGGCGCUGCCGCCAGCACGGGGACAUCCCGCCGGCCUCCCGCUCCACCAGCCGGGCCCACUGGGUCCCCGAGGCCGGGCUGGGCCGAGCUCAGACCCCCUGA